AAGACCCAAAGUUCACUGCAGUUGCGCGUUCAGAUGACCUUUACCGGAACGAAGACGACGAAACAGCGCAGUUUUCUGGAUAAUUCUGACGUUAAUUUGAAGACUUUAUUGUAUUAGAAUAACGUAACCAUGAGCUUAUUAAGAGCGACGUUAGUACUUACUUCACAGCAGUGUAAGCUGGCAAGACGGGCGCAAACACAGUUGGCACCAGCUGUGUUAAGACUAUAUACAACAGAUGAAAAGAGCAAAGCUUUGGACGUAUCCAGAAUACGAAACAUCGGGAUCUCUGCACACAUCGACUCUGGGAAGACCACGCUGACGGAGAGAGUGCUGUAUUACACAGGGAGGAUUGAGGCCAUGCAUGAGGUCAAGGGCAAGGACCAGGUGGGGGCGACCAUGGACUUCAUGGAGCUGGAGCGGCAGCGCGGCAUCACCAUCCAAUCAGCAGCCACCUACACCGAGUGGAAGGACUACAACAUCAACAUCAUCGACACUCCUGGCCAUGUAGACUUCACCAUUGAGGUGGAGCGUGCCCUGAGAGUAUUGGACGGGGCAGUGUUGGUGCUGUGUGCCGUGGGAGGGGUGCAAAGUCAGACUCUGACCGUCAACAGACAGAUGAAACGGUACAGCGUCCCAUGUCUGGGCUUCAUCAACAAACUGGACAGACAAGGCGCCAACCCUGAGAGAGUACUAAACCAGAUGAGGAGUAAGCUGAACCACAAUGCUGCGUUUGUCCAGCUGCCGAUCGGCUUGGAGUCCAAAACUAAAGGGAUCGUUGAUCUUGUCCAUAGAAGAGCCAUAUAUUUUGAUGGUUCUGAUGGCUUUACCAUAGCUCGAAUCGGCUGCUGGAAUCGGCUGCUGGAAUCGGCUGCCGAAACGGCUGCUAACUUCAAGGUGGUUGUACAUGUACCGGAUGUAUCAGAGGUGUUUGCUGGGGACAUCUGUGCCAUGUUUGGUGUGGAUUGCUCCAGUGGGGACUCCUUUGUGUCCACUCCAAAACUGCAGCUGUCCAUGGAAUCCAUCCAUGUUCCUGAUGCCGUCAUCUCCCUGUCAAUCAAACCUGAAGACAAGGGACAAUUAGACAACUUUUCAAAAGGCAUUGCUCGGUUCACCAGAGAAGAUCCGACAUUCAGAGUACACUUCGACGACGAGAGCAAAGAGACAAUAGCAUCAGGCAUGGGGGAGCUCCACCUGGAUGUGUAUGCACAGAGAAUGGCCAGUGAGUACAAGUGCAAGUGCGUACUGGGGAAACCUAAAGUGGCCUUCAGAGAAAGUAUCAUGUCACCUGUGCAGUUUGACUUUUUACACAAGAAACAGUCUGGAGGAUCGGGACAGUACGGCAGAGUCGUCGGAGUUCUAGAGCCCUUGCCUCCAUCCAGCUACACCAAACUGGAGUUCUCAGAUGAGACUGUGGGAACCAAUGUUCCUAAGCAGUAUGUACCAUCUGUGGAAAGGGGGUUUAGAAUGGCAUGUGAGAAGGGUCUGCUGUCGGGACAGAAGAUCGCGGGAGUACGGUUCAGACUACAGGACGGAGCCAACCACGCCGUGGACUCCAGCGACUACUCCUUCCAGCGAGCAGCGGAGGGCGCGCUGAAGGAAGCCAUGGAUGAUGCUGUCAAGGUCAUCCUGGAGCCCAUCAUGUCGGUAGAGGUCACGGCCCCAAACGAGUUCCAAGGGGCGGUUAUCGCGGGGAUCAACAAACGCAAUGGUUUGAUCCAGGGGCAAGAUGGCAGUGAGGGGUAUUUUACGCUGUAUACUGAGGUACCACUGAACAACAUGUUUGGGUAUUCAACAGAGCUGAGAUCAUGCACAGAGGGUAAGGGAGAGUAUGCGAUGGAGUACUGUAGAUACCAGCAUGCCUCAGCAGAGACACAGGAACAGAUCAUCAGAGAAUACAUGGAGGCCACAGGGCAGCUGAAGGAGGACAAGAAAUCUGGCAAGAAGAAGGCCAGAAAUUAAUAACGAAGACUUGUAUCUUAUAGUCUUUCUUGUAAAGGAGGGGGGGGGGGGGAGUCAGAGAAUUGUCCUACCACAUGUACAUUGUACCAUGCCUUUGAUUUCAAUUUCUUAACUUGAUUUUUAAAAACUAGUAUCCUCAGACUGCCCCUCUCUCAAUACCUCUAUUAGAAUAUCCCAUAUUGUUCUAACUUAUGUAUGGAAAACAGUAGCUUUUAGAAAUCACUUUCUGUUGCAACAGUACUUGUUUAAAAGGUAUGUCAUUGUUAAAAACUGUAUAGCAUUUCAGUGGAGACAGAUAAGAUAAAAGAUGUGUAAAAAUCAUAUCAGGAAGAUCAUUUAAUGUAAGAAAACACUGCAAAAGUAAAGGUUCUAUAGUUUCUUGCAACAUGAAUGUGCUGUAAGUAAUAUAUUUCACUGAUGUUGCUGUAUUGGGAAUAGGUGUGUAUAAUUACACAACAUACUUUUAUGUAUGUAAUUAGUAGUCAAGAUAUCUACAUGGUUAUACAGCACUGUCUACAUGUGUGUCUCAUCUCUCUGUUGAAUUAUUUGAUAUGCUGGGAACUUUUACUAUAAUACUGUACUGCGUGCAGUAAUGAAAAGUGAAUGAAAAUGCUUGCAGUAUACAUUGUGAAACAGUCAAAAGAGUUUUUUAUGUGUAAAUGUAUUUUUAUUAGUUCACAUGCAAAGGCUAGAUUACCAGUAGAUACUAAAUUAUUAUUACAGACUCCAGAUCACAUCAAGAACACACAUGUGUAAUUGAACACAUGUAACAUUACAAGUACCAAGUCAUAAUACUUUAGAAUAAGCAUUUGAUAAUUCUUUUGCCAAGACUGUACAAGCUGAGUUUAACAAAAAAUAUGAAAAUCAUUGAAUUGGACUUGUACGACGAGUUGGUAUAGCAUUCUCCUUAUGCUUUUACAUUUGCUUCGAGUAAACAAUAUAACUGGGUAUUUUUA